UGUUGGAGAAGUUAGCUGUGCUAAAAAUCAACUAAACUGAAAUGUAAGGAUUGUAGUGUAAGGGGGCCGGGACAUGAAGGAGAAUUUAUCUGUUUUAAGUUAAGCAGGGGGAAGCACUUUCUCCUGUAGCAAAUGUUCAUUGUCUCUUCAAAUGAUUGCUUGUAAAUUUAGAGAUCUAGGAAAUUAGCUUAGUCUACUGUUGCACUUAUCUUGAAGAUAUACAGUGAUUAUGAUAACAGGGUUGCCAAACACAUCUGGUGUGACACUUAAGACCAAUUCAUAAUUCAUUAUACCACGUGCACUUUUGGUUGCAGAGGAAGGGACGUGAUGUAAAUUUUAUCAUCAGAGGUUGGCUUCGGACGGCUGUGUUAUGAUACGCUGAGAACACGGCAGAAAGAGAAGGGAAGAGGGAGUCCAGGAGUUACGAUGAGCAAAUCCACCUUCAUUAAGAUAGAGGAGAAGACCGAUGUAACACAGACGGUACCAGACCAGCCUUGCGCCACAGUGGUUCUCUCCCUGAAGAACGACACUGGUGGACUCUUUAAGGCAUUGAAGCUUUUCCAGGAAAAGUACGUUAAUUUAGUACACAUCGAGUCUCGGAAAUUGAACAGACACCGCUCGGAGGUUGAGAUCUUCUUGGACUGCAGCAGCAACCACGAGCAGCUCGAUGAUUUCAUCCAGCUGCUGCAGAGGCACUUGAAUUCAGGCAUCGUGGGCACGGCGUACAAUUCCUGCCGACAGGAAGAAGCGAUGGAUAACAUUCCCUGGUUCCCCAAGAAGAUCUCGGACUUGGACAAGUGUGCCAACCGUGUGCUGAUGUACGGAUCGGAUCUAGACGCGGACCACCCAGGCUUCAAGGAUAAUGUCUAUCGGCGGAGGAGGAAAGAGUUUUCUGAUCUAGCCUUGAACUACAAACACGGAGACCCCAUCCCUCGCGUUGAGUUCACCGAGGAGGAGGUUCACACGUGGGCUGUCGUGUUCCGUGAGCUAAACAAGCUGUACUCCAGCCAUGCCUGCCGGGAGUAUCUGACGAACUUGCCGCUGUUGAAGGAGCACUGCGGUUACAGGGAGGACAACGUCCCCCAGCUGGACGAUGUGUCGCGCUUCCUCAAGGAGCGCACUGGCUUCAGCAUCCGCCCAGUAGCUGGCUACCUGUCUCCGAGGGACUUCCUGGCCGGACUCGCCUUCCGGGUGUUCCACUGCACCCAGUACAUUCGGCACGGUUCAGCACCCCUCUACACCCCCGAGCCGGACACGUGCCACGAGUUGCUGGGUCACGUCCCAUUGCUGGCGGAGCCGAGCUUCGCACAGUUCUCACAGGAGAUGGGCCUGGCCUCCUUAGGGGCCUCUGAGGACUCCAUCCAGAAGCUGGCCACAUGCUACUUCUUCACCGUGGAGUUCGGCCUGUGCAAACAGGAUGGGCAGCUGCGGGCGUACGGUGCUGGGCUGCUGUCCUCCGCCAGCGAGCUGAGACACGCACUCUCUGGGAACUGCAGAAUCUUGCCCUUCGACCCUAACAUCACCUGCAAGCAGGAAUGCAACAUCACCACCUUUCAAGAUGUCUACUUCGUGUCGGAGAGCUUUGAAGAAGCCAAGGCUAAGAUGAGGGAGUUUGCCAAGACCAUCAAGAGGCCUUUUACGGUGCGGUACAACCCUUACACCCAGAGCGUGGACGUGCUGAGGGACACGGCCAGCAUCCACAGGGUUCUGGAGGAGCUGACCCAUGAGCUUGAUGUUGUGGGAGAUGCUCUCAGCAGAAUCGACAAGCAGCUGGGUGUCUAAGCUCCUUGUGCAGCCUAUGGCUCACCGCCAGGCACGC